UUCAAAUCAUCCGUGGCUGAAGGAGUUCAGAAUUGUAUUGGACAAAAAUGGACACACGAUGAUUUUAGUGACUUUACAGUUGUUGUAGAGGACAUGGAGUUCCACUGUCAUAAAUUUAUUCUAAGCGCUUGCUCUAGUUUCUUUAACGGACUUCUACGGGCUGAGAUGAGGGAAAGCUUAGAGAAUCGGGCUGUGCUGAAGUCUAUGAGCAAAGAAACGUUUGCUGUCGUCAUCAAUGCUGUUUAUAAAGUUGAAAAUGGUUUGACGAAGGAAAAUAUUAUACAGGUGUGGCAAGCAAUCUGUUUUUUGGACAUUUCAUUUCUUAUAGAAAUGUGUAUUUUUUAAGUAAAGAUGUUUCAUUAACUAAUUUUGAAAUCUGUUAUGAAAAUGCAAAUUUGUUAGAAUCUAAAUAUGUUGUGAAAAAUUCACAUAAUUAUAUGAUUACACAUUUCCAAAAUAUUAAGGAUACAAAGACAUUCUUUGAACUAUCUGCUGAUGAGAUCUGUAACAUAGUAGACAGUCACUUCCUUAAAGUAGAUUCCGAAGAUGUUGUUAUUGAAUCGAUUCUUCAGUGGAUCAAU